UUUCAGCAGAGUUUGUGCUUGUUACUGUAUGGCUGAUAUUUCCUGACAACAAACGUCCAACAAGGGUGGAGAAGAUUUGAGCUGGAGUAUUGUUUUCCUUUCUCAUUUACAUUUGUGUGUUAAAAAAAGAGACUGCUUGUUUGGAGAUCCACUUCAACAGGAGGACUAUUUCAUCAGAAUAAUACUUCAUCCAUUCAUCCCUCCCAUCUACAGAAAGGCUGAUCAAAAUCACGCACUAUCUAAACAAAACCACACUACCGGGGCAGAUGGACAUUUACAGUUUCAUUUUGUAUUUUCAGAGCUUCAAAUUGUUUGUUUGGUUAAUUUCUCUUCAACUUGAGUCAGUGGAAGGACACUGAGACUCAAUAAUUUGUCUGUUCACUGUUAAAUAAAUUAUAGGCCUACUAUCCUACUCAAGUAAAGAACAAGUCUCUCAAAAUUGUAUUUCAAUAUCGUAUUUGAUUAAAUCUACUUAGUUACUGCACAGUGCACACCACUGCGACUGACCAAUGUUUAACUUGUGAAACUGAAGCCUCUUGCUGUGUUAUUAUUCCCACCAUGUGUCUGCAGUAUGGUCUGCAGUCACGACGAACUGUAGCCUAUCGGAAUUUCGGCUCCACUCGUUACCUCUGAAGGCAGCCUCUCAGCCAUUGCUAUGAUUGGCGGACGGACCUGCCACUCAUCACUUGUCCCGCCCCGCAGCAUUAGCGCGGCAUGGCAACGGCGAGGGGGGAGCAGGUACCUACGGUUAGGGGCUCCAGUCUAACCGGACCACAGAGAGUGCAGCAGCAGCAGCAGCCGUAGUAGCAGCACUAUUUCCCGCCUCACUGACUGGAGAACAGCGCUGAUAAGAGGAUGCUCCACCGCCACCGCCGCUCCGCUCCCUCGCUCACCAGGUGUUGGACUAAACAAGGACGUCGUUAACAGCAGCAGAUCUUGUAUGCAUGUGCUGUGUCUCCCUGGUCCCGUACACAGACGAUCGAGAAGAUGCUGAGCCGACUAAUGAGCAGCAGCAUCAGGAGUCUGGACCGGGAAUGCAACUGCACUGUGAGGCUGCUGGACGACUCGGAGUACACUUGCACGAUCCAGCGGGACGCCAAGGGACAGUACCUGUUCGACGUGAUCUGCCACCAUCUCAACCUGCUGGAGAAAGACUACUUUGGCAUUCGAUAUGUUGAUCCAGACAAGCAGAGGCAUUGGUUGGAGUUUACAAAGUCAAUUGCCAAACAAAUAAAAUCCCAGCCUCCGUUCACCAUGUGUUUGCGAGUCAAGUUUUACCCACCUGACCCCGCUGCCCUGAAAGAGGAAAUCACCAGAUAUCUCGUCUUCCUGCAGGUUAAGAGGGAUCUCUACCAUGGCCGCCUCCUGUGCAAGACAUCCGACGCUGCUCUGUUGGCUGCCUACAUAUUACAAGCUGAAAUUGGCGACCACGACCCCGGCAAACACCCAGAGGGCUACAGCUCCAAGUUCCAGUUCUUCCCUAAGCACUCUGAGAAGUUGGAGCGGCGGAUUGCUGACAUCCACAAGACUGAGCUGAUAGGUCAGAUCCCUGAAAUAUCAGAGCUCAACUUCCUCCAGAAGGCUCAGAACUUGGAGACGUAUGGAGUCGACCCUCAUCCAUGCAAGGAUGUGUCCGGGAACCCAGCUUUUCUGGCGUUUACUCCUUUUGGAUUCACUGUGUUGCAAGGAAACAGGAGGGUCCAUCUCCUCAACUGGGAGGAGGUGACCAAACUCAAGUUCGAAGCAAAGACAUUCCAUGUAUAUGCAAAUCAAACGGAGGAUAAGAAGAUCAUACUGACGUUCUUUGCACCCACACCUGAGGCCUGUAAGCACCUGUGGAAAUGUGGUGUGGAGAAUCAGGCCUUUUACAAGUUGGAGAAGUCAAGUCAAGUCCGCACUGUGUCCAGUAGCAAUCUCUUCUUCAAGGGUAGCCGCUUCAGAUACAGUGGAAAGGUUGCAAAAGAAGUGAUGGAACAAAGUGCCAAAAUUAAGAGAGACCCUCCCGAGAUACACAGGUGUGUGUUUUUGUCCAGGGCCGGCAUGGUGCCAAGUCGGAGCUGCCCCUCCAUCACUCACGGCCCCCGGCUGACCAGUGUGCCCAGGACCCGACGGAGAGCUGUGCACAUCUCCAUCAUGGAGGGUCUGGAGUCCCUCCGAGACAGCGCCCACUCCACACCCGUGCGCUCCGUCUCCCAUGGCGACUCCUUCAUGUCUUCUCGAGGCAGCAUGAUGGACAGCAGCGAGGCGAGCACGUCGGCAGUCAUCUCCGACGAGGCGUACAGCCCCUCAGACAGCAUGCUCUCCACACCUGUGGCCGAACACGGGAUGGAGAACCCUCUGAACCGCCACCUCAACGGGGCGCCCCGCAGCGUGGAGGACAAGGAGUCAGAGGCCGGAGCGUCGAAGGAGGGGCAGACCGCAGAGUUUUCAUCCGGCAGGCGAGCGCUGCGUUUGGUGAAGAGCAGGCCGGCCCCACCCAGCGACGCGGAGGAGCUGAACAAGUUCAUCCUGAGCGUGCUGCGGCUGUUCCUGGUCACCAUCGGGCUGCUGUUCGCCCUGCUGCUGCUGCUCAUCAUGCUCACAGAGUCAGACCUGGACAUUGCCUUCCUGAGAGACAUCCGCAAGACACCUGAAUUCCAGCAGUUCCACUUUGAAUACUUUUGCCCUCUGCGGCGCUGGUUCGCCUGUAAGCUACGAUGGAUGGGAGGUUUCCUCAUCAGCAAGUGAAGCAGAGACUGAAGGACAAAAUACAGGCCUGCACUGAUGGAGACGGGAUAUUUAAUAGAGAGAGGAGAGAGGGGGGAGGGAAAAGGAAAAGAAUGGCAGCCCUUUUCCCAAUAUCAACCCAGCUACUCUUAUAAGGGAGUUACUGUCACAAGCCAAGGACUGUCCUCUGAAGAGCCUUGUUUAUUAUAUCUGACCAUCACUGCGAGGAAAGAAAAUCACAUUUUACUUUGGAAAUUCAGGUCAUUUCAAGGUAUUUUAUUUUUACACAAAGCCACAGUAACAGGGUUUCAUUUAAAACACUGAACGUCUGACAGACUUCACUCAUUCAACCACAGAUAUAGUUGCCUUUAUUUUUCUAUUCAUUUAUAUCCUGCAACAUUAUUGUGAGACAGAUUGACCUUUUGUGUUUGGGAGUGUGUUGGUAACCUGAGAGUUUGAGUGAAGUUUUUAGAGCCAGUCUAGCUCAUCUUAUUUAUAUAUUUUAAAGCCAACCUUCAUUAAGCUAGAAUUUAUAAUUGUCACUGAUCAUUUAACCUUCUGUUUUGACUUGUAUCUGGGGGUUAGAGAAAGUGUGAAAUGGAAAACCUUGCAGCACGUACUGAAUGUAGAUCAGUCCUGAGUUAAAUAAUAUUUGCAAAGAAUAUGAUUGGCAACCGAGAAAUACUAGCAGCAGCUAUUUCACCCAGGAGUGACGUUGGUGCUGGUGAUAAUGUAAAGUAAUAAUGUGUCUAGUUUGUGGUCAGACGUCCAAUAACGGUGUGCUCAUGUUACCAUUUCUGUCCAGCCACUAGAGCACCGAUAACAUUAUCGUUCUAUGACUAUGAUUUAAAGACAAUUUGUAAGGAUUUAAAUAAGUAUUGGAGGUGGUAGGUUGACUGAUUUUAUAAAAUAGCAGCAAAAAUAAUAGCUACAAUCAACUUCUGUGUGAAAGAAACAGUCGUCACAUUGCUGUAGUUCCUUUACAGUAGUUGUGAGCUAGCGCUGUAGUGAUAGUGAAAUGUUUGGGUUAGUUCUUUGACUCCCUCACUCUGUAGAAGGAGUUUAUCUUGAUGUGCAAUACUGUACAUAUUCAUAAAUAAAGAGUCUUUACAUUUA